ACUACAAGUAUUAACAUCUAAAGUGGAAGCGGCGGACUUUCGAACUCAUCUAGUUGAUGCGCCAUGGCUUCCGGACAUGUUUUGGAUGAUUUCUAAAUGGAUUGAGGAUUAUGGCGCAGGUGAGACAGGAGCCUGGUGAUGAACUUGCUGGUGACCGUGUGGGGAUUGCUUCUAGUGCUCCUGUUAGCAAGUACUCUUUACGCUCUUUGACUACAGCCCGAACAUUGGAACCCCAAAGACAUAGACCAACGGUCCCUCCCAAACCUCCAGACCUAAACUGUAGGCCUAUUGCUCCGAAACCCCUUCUUGUUCCCCACCAUUCACUUGAAUUCAGUCUUCGGUGGACCAGCCCUAUGCUUAUUACUGACUCACCCCUACCUACGGAACAGACUCCGCGAGAUUCUAACUACGUUUUGUUCUCUCUAUAUGGGCAAUACACCGCUGCUCCGUCCAAGGCUGCUGGUGAACAGCGGACGAAUUACGCCAACGCUGUUAUUCCUCAGAAACGCUUAAGGGUUCUUGGUCGCCAAACUCUUUUUCUGAAGGAUGCGAUACCGAAGAAUCGAGCAGGGAAGUCGGCUCAGAUCGGCUUUCAGAACCCAACUGAUUCUUUAGAUGUCUCUCCUACAUCGGCCGUCCCAACAUCGACUACCGAUCCACACUCCGAUAGUGUGUGGUCUUGUUCUCAUACUGCUGUCCCUCCUGAAGGUGUUCAAUUGCCUAGCCAUAAGUCAUUCGGUAAUUCAUCAGAGCAGCCCGCUUCACCCGAAACCAUCGCAUGUGGUCGUCUUCGCCCGUCUGCCAGGUUGUUGGUGCGCAUCGGGCAUGAACUCACUCGCGCUCAGUACCGCCACAUGACAGUGAUCGAAUGUGGCUGUGGCUUAGUUCGAUCUCCGAAAUCAGUUGGGGAAGGAGAGCGUGCAGUUUCAGAGUGUGUACACGUUACUACGGACGUCUGUCGUCCUGCAACCUCCGUGCCCCACCUAGAGUGGCGACCUAAAGAUCCUCAUCAGCGCUGGACGCGCGUUCGUGAUCUGUGCAAAACUCACAAUUGCCCAUUCAUUCCAACGUCUAUAUUUUUACUGCAUCGGCAUUUGGAACUCGGCCAUCAAAGCCUGCUCAGAUGUAUCAGCUUUCGAAGCCUUGCGCCAGAGGAUGGCUCGGUUACCCUGGCCGAGGAAAAAGAAGCAAUCCUUGGUUCGACCUCAAAAUUGGCCGCUCCAAUGAUUCUCAACGUUUUUUCUCUUGGCACUCGCAAAAUAAAGUGCCCUGUUUGUGACGAUAGGAAUUAUGAAACCAACACUGUCCUCAAGCAUAUUAGGAGCGUGCACCCCUUCCUCGCUCCGCAACCUAUGGAGGUCCCGUCGAACCACCUGUGUGCCAUAUGCGGUUGCCCCUUACGCGGUAAAAGUGGCCCGGGAAGACCUCAGUUUACUCUUUGUGGUGCCUUGAUUCACUCACAGUGCUCCCCUCGGACUACUGCUUACCAGUACGCGGCUUGGUCGGGACAUAAUGCCCACCCAUUGGCAUGCUUGAUGCUGCACCCAAACCAACAUUCCAGGGUCGCGUUUCCCACUUCGACUGUCUCACAAAUGUACCGGUAUGCGGACUACAUUCUCUCCACAAACGUUUCUCGAUUGCGGCUGUGGUCCAUUGAGUCCUACACCUUACGAUGCAGCUUGGCCAUCUCCUCUCUAUACGGUGAUUUGAUCACACUCGACGUUAACAAUCUUGUAGCUCCCACGAAAACUCUGGCGCCAUACAAGCUUGGUAGUACUGUUAGUCCAAAGGUAGCGAUCCCGCCGUAUAAAAGUCCCUCCAAUGGAUCACAUUUGGAUGUGGCUGUGGAAGGUGUAUCAGACGGUACUACUUUGCAUCGCGAUAGCAACGCUUCUGCAAUUGCGAAUACUUCGCAUUCGAUUAUUGCAACGUCCGAUGCUGAUAAGAGUCACGUUAUCAGUCCCCCUUGUUCGUCUUCUCUCCCAUCUUCGGCUUCCGAACCACCUGUUGCUUGUACUACAUCCGCAGUUGUCGAUGCACGAGCCAGCCGGAAGCGCAUGUCUGUGGACAAUGCAGAGUUCGAUCCGACGGUUUGCAAGAAAACAUAUGUUCUAUCUGCUUUAAACGAGCCAACAUCCUCCUCAUCUGCUCUGCCAGUUGAGACGAAUCUAUUGCCAAACGGAUUAUCAAAAGCCACAGGUCCUUCUUCGAAUGAUCCACUGCUUGCCACACGCCGCAGUCAUCCGGUCAUUGCAAGACGGUGUGAACUGUGCAGUAUGCCCGUCUUUGUGCAAACGCAUCGACUGCACUUGGUCGAAGUUCAUCGGCGCAAACUUGGUUUUGCACCGACCAACUACUGUAUAAUGUGUGGUCAGUUGUCCUGGACCGUCGAGGGCAAUCAGUCGCAUCAACGAGUCCGUUGUUUCGUAUGCUCCACCACUGCUGUUUGCAGGUCCACAUUGUACAUCCAUUUAGCCAUAAAGCAUCCGGUGAGUUAUCUUUUUCUAAAAACAUUCUCAGAUCCUUGGCCUGCGUUUCUCCGUCAUUGUUUCUCCCAUCUUUCCAAUACUCCGGUAGUCCAUCUAAUUACAGAAGUGUUAAUAGCUCCGGCUGGUCUCUCUGGCCUAGACCCCAUCUAUAGGUACGCUCCGAGUCGAACGCGUAGGGCAAUUAUCACCUUAAAGGGCUCCCUGCUUUUGCGUCACGUAGACUUGAAUUGCUUGCACCGUUAACUGUCGCCUGACUAAUUCGCUCAUCUUUCUUUCGCUCUACAGUUUCACUUUGUGUUUCCGUGAUCCUUUUGUCCAACUUCUACGAGGUUGAACUAAAUUAGUUUGCUAGAAUCGUUAAAAAUAAAAGAUGCUUCUUAACCUUUUCGCUUGAAGCGCUGUGUUUCGAUCCUGCAUCUAUUCCCAAUAAAUAUGUGUACAUUUUACGUAUCCCAUACUCGAACACCACAAGCUGCGUCUGCGUCUACGCUGACUUGUCGGAUAUCGUUCUGGCAACAACUGGCGUUCAUCAGCGUUGUCUGAUUUCUUCGUUUUUAUUCAACUUCGUCGUGCACGGCAUCAAAUAGGGUUCCCUUGCGGAAUCUUGCGGUGCAAGCAUUGAAGUGCUGCCUGAUGAUAAGCUACUCGAUCUUGAUUAUGUGGACGAUGUUGUUCUGCUUUUUAACGAUGCUGUGGCGGCACAAUUAAUCCUAAAUAACCUCUAUUGUGGUAUGCGUUUCGCACCUUCAAAGUGCUAAGUGUUGCUUCAGUUUCACCAGCCACUUCAUGACCCCUUGACCCUUGAUGGCGAUGAACUCGAGCUAGUUGAUCAAUUCACUUUCCUUGGCAGCUGCAUCAGCAACGAUAGACACAUAGCAACUCAAGUCAGCUCACAUAUUGCGGAGGUCAGAAUUGCAUUCUUAAAUCUGCGAUUUUUGACGACAGAAAGGAGUUGCCCUCGGUUUGAUAGGUCGUGUAAACAACGCCACAGUGAGGACUGUCCUACUCUAUGGGAGUGGGACUUGGCCCCUUCGGUCUGUAAGUCCGACGCGCCUUCCAGCCUUUGCUCAUCAUUGUCUGCGAUGUAUUGCUGGUGUCGGACAGCACCAGCUUGUCUGCAACGAUUAUGUGCGUAGGCGAGUGCUGGGCAGUGAUAAUCAGGCUAACUCCUUAGAACAACAGAUAGAACUGAAUAAGCUGCGUUGACUUGGGCACGUACUACGUAUGCCUGGUCACCGCUUAUCGAGAAGAACAUUUUUCGUCUGCCAGAUAUAGGGUGGCUCAAAACUCGAGGUGGACAAAGGUUAACUUGGCAGCGGGAAAUGAAGUCACUGACGACCAAACUUGGUACCGUCUCGCCUUCCGGCUGGAGUCCACGUGAUCCACCUUGUGCUUGUUUCUGGAUUACAGGAUAUGGCUCGCAGUCAACACCAGUGGCACCUCUGCUGCCGUCUCCUAGUCGGACACAAGACGCCUUGACCCUGCUUGUUUGUUUAAGGUAGUAGGGUUUUCCGGAAAGUCCCCUUUUUCUCCCGCUUAUUAUUCUUCAUUCCGUAGGUCGUUGUUGUGUAGCAGCGAAGUGUCAGUUCAAAUGGCUGGUGUACUGCUGUUGAUGUUGCAACGAGUAUGUAUGUAGACGAGUUCUAGUUUGUAAUAAUUAAACCUUUUCUCUAGAACAUGAAGCACUGUUCAAAUUAUAUAUGCCCGGUCACUGCUUACUCAGAUGAGUCUUGUUUUAUUUACCGGACGUGGGGUGGCACAGUGGUCGAGAUGGACACAACUUGGCAGCGGGAAAUGAACUCACUGACGACCAUUCUGGAUGCUGUUGGUUUGUCUCGCUCUCAAGGGAGGAGUCCACGUGACGCCUUGUGCUUGGCUUGAGACGUUACAGAACAGUGUUUCGCGGUCGACAACAAUGGCGUGUUUACCAUCAUCUGGUAAUCGAACUGCUUGUUUGAGGCCGUGUUAUCUGCGGAGUAAUAGCUGCUUAUGGGGCGGGACAGUGGAAGGCGCGAGGAAGCUGUCUCACCGAUGCACAAUAGCCAGCUGUUUGGGACGGUAUGUUGUUGACAAGGUGUAGGCGUCUUGACUGAAUGUUUGCUCAUAGCAUUUUUGGUUUUGCACUGGGGCCCCUUCGUUCCGUCGGUCACCGUAGUUGUGCGGCAGCGAAGCAUUAAUUCAGUUAGCUCAUGUACUUAUGCUGACGAGUUUUCAUCUUCUUCAGCUAGAGUCUUCCUGGACAUCUGCAGUCUGGAUAGACCACUUGCUAAGCCGGGCAUCUGUAACUGUGCCCAUCUUUAUGCUCCAAUUAUCUCACCCACUUAUGAGUGUCAACUCGACCAUGGCUCUGCUCCCUGUUGUAUGUUUGUUUAAACUGCGUCGUCUUCGUUUUUCAACUUAUUUUCACAUUUACGUUAACAUUUCAGCAAGAGUUGGCCGAACACUUAUGCACAAAACAUACACCGUGCCUGCUGUGUAGUUGUUUCCCUGAGAGCAUCCUCUUGCAUCUAUUAAGGGAGCACUCUUGCGUCAUCCCUAUGGAUAUUAUUCGAUUUUUGGCACCAGAACUUCGUACAGAUUAUUACACAAAGGAUGGCCGUCAAAUAUUUCUACAUGACAUUGCACCGCUUUACAUCAGUGCAGUGAGCCGACACCGCAAGCCUCCAGCUAAUCCAACCUCGUUCCCCGAGGGCCUAGCUUCGCAGGAUCCCACGAAUCCAAAUUGGUGGCUUUUCAAGUGUUCUGUUUGUCAGACCAAAUUCAUUUCUGCCUGUCAGCUCGAUUUACACAUGCUCCUCUCUGGUCAUCAAUACUGGUGCCCCUAUUGCCCUUUUGCCUGCACAUCUAUGCGUGCCCUCGCUGAGCAUAUGAAUGACUCCUGCGUUAAAAAGAAAGGCCAGUUUAAAUUCAUUCGGUUGCAAACUCCCACCAAGAGCAAACCCCCGGACACAUCCUGCCCCGCCACCGCCGCUCCCAUUUUCACUACCUCUCUGCCUACCCCGAACGUGUCCCAUGUGUCCGUUUCCCUAACGCCAUCUGUUUGUGCUCCCGUAGUACAUUCGACGACGACGACGACGACUACAAAAGAAUCAUUACCCCUGGGCAUUCGUACCACCAUCGGUCCUAUUUCCCAGUUCCACGGAUGUGAUUUGUGUCCUGUUUUCUGCCUAACACUGGAAGAUCUCAGCAUGCAUCGCCGGACUGUUCAUCGCUGCGCCCCGUUACUCGACGUCUCUACUCCGACUACGAUUGCAUCAAUCGCCUCCACUGCAACUUCGCUUCAGAAUAAUUCCCCGGCAUUCGAUUCGCUUAUCGCAUCAUCGUCUCAAAUAGACGCCACUCUGCUCAAUUCCCACAACCGACUUAUCGCGCCUGCUCCUCCCGCUCGCAUCGUCCCACUGGCCAUUCCUGGUCAGUCGAUUGUCCGCUCCACUGUACCUAUACUGCCCCCUGUUCUCGUGGUCCCGCGAGCAACUGUCGGCCAAUUAGCUGUUCUUCCUCCUCCUCCUUCUUCAGACGUUACUUCGGAAGAGUUAUUUUGUCCCAUGUGCGAAUUUCGUAGCACUGACCGAAGUCAGAUAAUGCAACACGUUCAGGAUUCCCACUGAAAUUUCUUCCUGUGCAUAUCCCUCAUGCUCUCUUCAGAUUAUGGAUCUCGUUCUACCUUUCUUCUUUCUUGUUCCUCAUUUGUUCUUAGGUGUACAGGUUUUUUCCACUUAUUUAGAGCACAACGUAACAUCUUUCCAAAUUUGUUCACCAAUUACUUGUGUUACCACUCGGCUGAGUUAAACCAAUCACUUCCGAGCACGGCGUA